AUGGCAGCUCAGUGGCGGAUCGUCGAGGCCCUGGCACAGGAACAAUCGAUCUUCCGACGACUAGCACAAUUUAUAAGCCGUACUUUAGGCACAGCAACGUGCCAAGAUCCAACCGUGAUUUUGAGCCACGUACUGCUCGGAAGUCGUGAGAAUGCAGAAGACAGUCGACUCCUUAACGUGUUAGGUAUCACCCACAUCUGUAACUGCGCCACGCAGGUCGGGAACAGCUUCGAAGGCGAGUUUAUUUACCUCAAGCUGAACCUACACGAUGCUCAGGACGAAGAAUUGAUUCCUCAUUUCCAGACUGUCUCCAAAUUCAUCAAACGAGUCGAGCGACUACGAGGACGCGUGCUCAUCCACUGUAUAUCAGGUGUUUCCCGCUCGCCUGCGCUUCUGGUUGCCUAUUUGAUGAUCGACAAGAAGAUGCCGCUACUGGAAGCGUACAACAUGGUGAAGCGCAAGCGGCACAUCGUGCAGCCAAAUCAGGCCUUCCGACUGCAACUGGCCAAAUACGAACUCAUGCUCUUCGGUGCGUCCUCCGUCGCUACGACUCCCGAUAAGGACUGGAAUUUUUACGCCUGGAAUGAGGUCAAGAACCAACGGGAAGCUCGUCGAAAAUGA